AGUAGUAGUAGUAGUAGUAGUAUUAGUAGUUGCCGUCGACCUCAACGCGCGCCGCCGCCGCCGCCGCUGACAUCCGAGAACGGAACACACGGGACGACAUCGCGCGCCGCGGUCGACCGUGAUCGGACCACGCCGCCGAGUUCCCCCCCGUCGCCACCGAUUGCACCUUUGUUGUGCGUCCGUGCGCGUGCGUGCGACCGUACUUGCAUCGCAUGCACCUCAUAGACGCAGCAGCAGCAGCCGCCGCCGCCGUCGCCGAGCACGUAAACACAAGAAAUGCGUACGUCUCCGACGGGUUAGACGUGUGUGUGUGUGUGAGUGUGCGUGUGCGUGUGAGCGAGGGAGCCGAAGACCGAUGUGUACCUACGUACGAGUGAACGAACACUAGUGUACGUGUGAGUGAGCGACCGUGUGUUCGCGCGUGCCAGUGCCAGUGUGAGUGCGCGUGAAUGCAAUUCGGUGAGGCGAGCGUAUAGUUUGUGGCGGUGCAUACAUGUAGUAGGUAUAUAAGCGGCAGUAUAGUAAGUACACCACUAUAUCGGACGGCAAAAUGGCUGGAGAAGUGCGAUUCCGAUUGACCGACAACCUGGAUCCACUUCAAACAUUGGAUAUUUGCCACGAGAUUGUCAACAUGACAUUUUGUUCAUCAGACAGACCUUUUACCUUAAAAAAAUGUACAAAAAAAAGAUGUGUUGAUAGAUAUGAUAGCUCAGAAAGUUCAGACAGUGGUGUUGCAACAUUUAUUACUGAGCUUGGAUCACCUUUGACUCCAGAUAGUCGGGUUAGUGAGUAUUCUAUUCCUUCUCCAGAUGAAUGUGAACCUGCAAUGCCUCCCCCGCCACCUUUAGCAAAUUCCGCUGAUGAAAUUGAUUUAGCAUGUUGGCCAUGGAGUGAAGAAUGGGCUGCCGAUUGUUCUAAUAUUGAAUUAUUUUCUGAUACCUGUGAUACUACUGAUUAUUGCAAGACAGAUACAAACAUUGCCAAUAUUGAACUUGACCAAAAUGUAAUUGAGGAUGACUCUUGUAAUGACAAAUUAAACAUUUUUCAAAAUUCAUCAAAAAUAAAUGAUUUGUUUAAUUCAUUACCAUUAGCUCAGUGUAAACUUAUAGAGUCUUCCGAUAUUAAAUCUGAAUGUGACUUUGUUCCUGCUAAAAAGUUUCUUGUGUCUGAUGAAGAAUCACCAACAAAAUUUACACUUCGUAGUUCUGAUGAACAUUUUUCUAGUGACAUCAUUACAUCUCUACAAUCCAAUAUUUUAGAUAAUAAAUGUUUACUAAAAGAUGAAGAGUCAUUGUUAUCUUUACAAUUUCCAUCUUGUACCCCCUCAACGUGUUCAGAUAGUUUUGAUGAGACUGAUUUUAAACUGUGUGAAGAUCAUAUGGACAACAGUAUUUCAAUCAAAUAUAUAAAAGAUGAAGGUGAAAAAUUAAUGUGUGAAAGUUUAAUUGAUACACCUUCAACCAAGAAUUUUAAAUUAAAUAAUAAUAUUUCUGAUGAUGAAAAUGACUCCAAUAGUCCACAUAAAAAAUUAUGCGUAGACCAGGCAAUUAAACUACCAAAUAAGGGUAGGUAUUUUAUGAGAUCGUCUUCUGGUUCUUCUCAUGAUUUAUUUAAAUCUAAAAUUCCUCACUUGUUGGAUCAAAAUAAAAAUGUACAAGAUAAUUUAAAAUCACCUUCAACAAAAUUGAAUUGCUCUCUUCGAAAUCCAAUCAAUAAACAUCAGCAGUGUGACAUUAAUUGUUCAAUAAAAAAUAAUGAACAACUUGACUAUUCCACAACCGAAUUAAAUUCAGCUGGUUUCAAUUCUAAUAAAAUUAGAUUUCCAAAGUUGGAUAGUCAUUGGAUUUCAUUAAGAGGAAACAUUAUGUGUCGUUGGAAUAAUUGUGAUAAUCAUUUUACUGCUACUACUAAGCUCAUUGAACAUCUCCAGGUAAAACAUGUGAAUUCUCAGACUUUUAGUGAAAGUUUUGUAUGUUUAUGGUCAGACUGUAAAGUAUUUAAUAAACCAUCUUGUUCACGAUCAUGGCUUGAGCGUCAUGUAUUAAGUCAUGGAGGUAAUAAACCAUUGCAAUGCAUUGUCCAGAAGUGCAGACAACGUUUUAGUUCUCAAAUAAUGCUUGAAAGACACGUGAAUCAACAUUUUAAGGCUUCUAGUAAUAAAGAGGAUGAAGGUGGUAUAAAUGGUAAAUUAAUAAGAAGAAAGGGAAAGAAACUACGUCUUCGUAGGCAACCAUUCACUGCAAGAAAAUUUGAUUACUUUGAUCAAGCUACAAUGAUGGAAUUACAAAACCAGUUAUUUUUAAGUACACAGAAUAGUCAACAAGAUUUUAUUGAUUACAGCAGAAGAGCCAUUAAAUUUCAACCCAAUGUCAUUGCUAGAAGAAUAUUAGAAGGAAGCAAAAAACAAGAAGUGCUGAUGCGGUGGUUUCCUCCUAACAUAUUAGAAGAUGAAUGGAUCACUUGUGAUAAAAAAACAAAUUUCAAUGUGAUUGAACGUGUUGUACCUAUUAUGUCGAUGAGCACAGAAAAUCGGGAUUCAAUUACUAAACUAUUUGGUAAUAUUUUUCCCCCUUCAUCUCGACGUUCACGUAAAUGAACAUUUUAAUAUGCUAUUUGUUUUGUAAAAGAAACUACUUUACAAAAGAUGUUCUUAGUUUUUAUUCUUCAACAAUUCUUGUGAUAUUUUAAUGUAGUACCUAAGUAAUAAUUUUAAUCUACCUAUGUGUCUUGGUUAUACAAAUUGUAUAGAUAAAUAAUGGUACAAAUAAGUGCCUCGAAAUAGUAAUAAUUAUUAAGUGAUGCAAGAGUGUUGUCACCAUAAAUUAAUUGUCUAUAAAUGCUAGUUCAUUUAAUACUAUACAUAUCAUUGUGGUCGGUCAGGCAAAUCACUAGUAUAUUAUAAUAUAAAACUAGUACAUGCAGAGUACUUUCAUUUAUUUUUACUCUAAAACGUGUAUUAUAUUAGUCAUUUUGUUUUGUAUAUACUAGUCUAAAUGUGCUCUGUAGUAAAAGGUUUAUAUUGUUAUAUUCUAUGCAUUUGUCUACAAACGUGAAACAUGCAAUAAGAAUGACCAUAAAUGAAUCAAGAUAUAUACUAAUUUUGUAUUUUAAUAAUUAUUAUAUCUAUUAUGUUACUCGAAUCUUCUGUUAUCUAGAAUCAUAACAUUUAUAUUUUUAUAAAGAUAUUUAAAUAUAUAUUUUUUUCUAAAAUCACAGGAAAAUAAAUACAGACUAAAUAUUUAAAUGUGUUACGGACUUUUAAGUGCCAUUUAAAUUUCAAUGACUGAUGGAACUAUUUCUUAGACAUUUUCACAGUAAAAUUAUAAACCAUAUUAUGUCAAGUACCUUUUUUUAUUCAAAUGAGGACAUUUUUGUAUUUAUUUAUUUUCUCUUAGAAGAACAUUGUAUUACUAAUAUGUAAUUUAUUCAAAUAAUAUUUCAUGACAGAUCUCAAUUAAUUGUACUUGAAGUAGUAUUAAUAAAAUAAUUACUCAUCAAUAAUUUCAAAAGUGUAUUAUACUAAUACCAUGGGUUUUAUAAUUUGCUUUUAAAAUAAUUUAUUUUAAAUAUAAAAUACAAUAUGUACCUAAUACAAAUCAGAUUUUUACUAAUAGUAUUAUUGUUUAUUUUUUUACAAAAUAUUUUUCUUUUUAUUCUAAACUACAUUAUUAAUAUGUACAGUAUAGGUAAAUAAUUUGUUAUUGGUUAAUUAGAAAAUGAUAUUUCCAUUAAAAAUUAAUAUAUAUAUGUAUGAUAUAUACGGUUAAAAUUGUUUACUGGGACUAGACAAAUUUAGAUAUAUUAACUAAUUUAACAUUUUAACCUCACUUAUAAAAAUAUAAGUAUGCAAUAUGUAAAAGCAAUAUUCAAAUGAAAUGUAUUUAAGAUUAAAUUACAUAAUAUAAUCAUUAAAUACAAAAUUGGGAUUAGUUCAUUUGUUGAUCAUUCGUUCACUAUUUUAAUCACAUUUUUACAAGACUGCAAAAUGUAUCUUAUUGUUAUCACACUAAUCUCAUAGUAAACAUUAUCAGAUAAAUAAAUUUUAACUGUGUUCAUAUAUAUAUAUAUGAAAUUACUCUGUGUAACAUUUUUAGAAUUUUAUUUAAUUCAGACACUAUUUUUGUGUCCAAUGAUAUUUUAUUUAUAAAAAUUUUAUAUCGAAUGAAUUUUUUAUUAAUUUUUAAUAUUAUACAAAAACAACAUCACAUUACUUUGAUUUAUGAUUUAUAUACAUUUGAAAUUAAUAAUUAUUUGUCAUACUUAUGUUGGCUGCUAAUUUUUUAUAGAAUAAAAUAAUUAAAAAUGUGUAUUAAUUAAUUUGUUAAUUUUUAGUAAUUUUUGAUAUUUUUUCAAUCGUAAACAUUUUAAUGAAAAAAAUAUUAAUUUAAUUUUUGUUUACUUAUAUUAUUUUUAGAUUUAAUUGCCAAAAUGUAUUACCAUAUAAUCAUUUUCAUUGAACAAUAUAAUAUAAUUCAUGUGGAGGCUUUCCUAUUAAUUUUAAUAUUAAUAAUGAAUAAAAAUAUGGUUACAAAAAUGUAUUAUUUGUAUCCAUAACACAAAAAUGUAUCUUUCUUGUUAACAUUUAUAAUGAUGAUAAUAAUUAAUUUAUUAAAAGUUUCUUUUCAUAAUUUUUUGAAUGAACUGCCUCCAAAAAAGAUUUUAAGCACAAUUUUGUUGAAAUGAUUAUAAUGAUUUAUGAUUAUUGCAUUUACCUUAUUUUGAGUUAGUUAUUUUAAUUUUAAUUAAUUUUAAUUGCUUAUGAAAUUUUAUUUAUUAUUUGAAAUGCAUGGUGUAUUCAAUUUACCAAUCAUACCGGCCAAAUUUGAUGUUCAUAUUAUAAGGUCAUGAGUAAUAAAUAUCAUUUUUAAAUUUACAAUUUAAAUUAUAUAAUUAUAUUUAAGUAAAAAAUGAUUGAUUUAGGUUAAUAUUAAUACAUAAAAUACUAAAAUUGUAUGUUUUGAGUCCUUUUGAAUUUACUAAAAUAAUUUUAAAUUUAAUACUGUUUUGAGUGAAUUUAGUGAAUUAUAAUUUUUAUCCAGUGAUUAGCGAUUUUAGUUUAUUUUCGUUUCUUAAAUCUCUAUACUUUUCUGUAUUUUUUUUUCUUUUUUGUAUUAGUGUUUAUUUUAAUCUAUUUAUUUUUCGUAUUACAUUAAACUAUAAUUCUAGUCUUAGUUAAAAUUGUAAUUUAAUUUCUUCUUCAUUAGGUAUCUUUAAAUACUAUAACAUUCAAUAGUAUCUUGCUUAAUUAUAUUGAUUAUUAAUGCUAAUAAUAAUUCAUUAAUAUUCUUCUAUAAAAUACAAUAAUGACAAACUAAUACAAUUUACCCAUGUCCUACAUUUUAAUAAAUAGUGUAAUUUUACUAUUUAUACUUAAAGACUGAAUAACACUGCCAAAUUUGUUAAAGAUCUUUAACGUAGCUUAAUUCAAUAUAGUUAUAAAACUAUGCUAAAAUACAUUUUAUUAUGAUUGAACGAUAGACUCCACAUUUUCUAAGGUGUUCAUUUUUAGUACAUCAAAAUUAUUUUUAAACAUUUAGUAUAUACUAAUUAAGUAGAUGAUUAAAAAAUAUAUAAUUUUGCAUUAAUUAUUAUUUAUUUUUUUUUUUAAGAAAUUUAAGACUUGCUAUAAAAAAAAAUUGAAGUAUUAAAAAUAGGUAUAAAUAUAUAUAACAGUGAAUAAGUAAAUUAACUUUUGAACAGGUUCUCGUCAUAAAUUUGUUAGUUCAAAAUGUAAUAAAAUUAAUAUUUUAUUAUUAUCUUUUUAAGCAUUGGCAAAAAUAGACAUGUAACAUCUGAAAUUAUUUGAUAUUUAAUAUUGUAUUGAACAUUUUUUUCUUUCUUUGUAUAAAACAAAUUGUUUAAACAUAUUUUCAUGAAUAUAGAAUUUUAUUUUGUAUUAAAAUAUUUUUUUAAGCUGUGUGAUUAUUUUAUAUUACUUGUAAACAUAUUAUGAACUUAAAUAUUGUCAAAGUAGUAAUAUUAAUAUAAGUAAUGGUGUGAUACAUACUUUACUGAUACUGAUUGUAUAUAAUUAUUUAUAAAUAUUAUACAUGUAUGUAUUUGUAUACAUAUUUAGUUAGUUGUGUUCAAUAGUAACAGUAAUUAUUUUUAUUUAUAAUUUGUAAGAACUUUAUUAACAUUAAAUAAAUACAAAAUAAAUAAUGAUAGAUUUAGUUGAA